UUAAGGGGGAUGGAAGUUCCUGGAAUCGACCUCUUUUGUGUUUUUAUCAUUAGACUAAUGAGAUUUCUUCCAGUAGAAGACAGUGAUAAAAGUACCGACACCACAGAGGACAGGAACAUGCUUUUUGACCGGACAGAACUUUUACAGUCAUGAUGCUCGCAGGUUUCCUUCUGAUAAUCCUCCUUCAAGGUGGAUUUACUUCUGAUCACACAGAGCAGCCAGAACUUGAUCAACAAAAAGCCAAUCAGAGCUAUGAGAAAGGUGGAAGUACCUUCAAUUACACAGAGCCAACAAACAUUACACAGAACGCCAAUCAGAGCUCUGUUGAAGAUGGAAUAACCUUCAAUAACACAGAGACAACAAACAUUACACAGAACACCAAUCAGAGCUCUGUUGAAGAUGGGGCCUCUACAUGUAACAAAACGUAUCAGGACUUAGUAGAGUACCUGAAUUUGACCUCAAAAAAAGGUCUAAACACCAUGACUCGGCCCGCUAAGAACGACUCAAAACCCACAGAAAUACAUCUGGAUCUAGCCCUCUAUGCCAUUCUAGAUGUGAGAGAAAAGGAACAGACAUUUAUGUCUUAUGUUUGGGUUGAAAUGAUAUGGAAUGAUGAAUACAUCAGAUGGGAUCCAUCCAACUUCUGUGGUAUAACUCAAAUUACUCUUCCCUCUAAACAGUUGUGGCUGCCAGAUCUAACUAUUGAAGAGAUGACAGAGAAGGAUAAGACCACUCAGAGUCCUUAUCUCAGGGUUUUUAAUGAUGGGGAAGUUGUUCAUAGGAAUGACAUGGUGCUGGUUACCACCUGCAAGAUGGAUGUCUACAAAUUCCCCUUCGACAUUCAAAGCUGCAACCUCACCUUCAAGUCCAUCAUACACAACGUCAAGGAAAUUAAACUUGAAAAGUGGGGUGGCUCUCGGUAUACCACAGAAUGGUCCAAAAAAAUUAUGAGAACGCAGUCGGACUGGGAUUUCAUCAACAUUAAUGUCACCGAUACAAAUGUCUACAAUUUUUACAUCAAUCAAAGCAUUAUGGUUUACACUGUCAACAUGAAGAGGCGUUCUGUCCUUUACAUUGUCAACUUCAUCCUGCCUGUCCUGUUGUUCUUGUGUCUGGAUUUGGCCUCCUUCAUGAUCUCAGAGAAUGGGGGCGAGAAGCUCAGCUUCAAGGUCACUGUGCUGCUUGCUGUUACAGUGAUGCAGCUCAUUCUGAACGAAAUUCUGCCAUCCUCUUCAAACAGGAUUCCACUUAUAGCAAUGUACUGUAUUGGAAUCUUUGGUUUGAUGAUGCUGAGUCUCCUGGAGACUAUUUUUGUGAUGUACCUCAUCGAGAAAGACUCUGCAUCCCAGAAUGAUUGGACAGAUAAAGAACAAAGCCUGAGUGAGGACUGUAAGGACAAACGAGGGAAAAAUAAAUUCCACACAUUUCUCAAAGACUUAAAGAAACGGACAAACUUGACGUCUGCCUGUGCUGGAUCUUCUGGGGAAAGGCCUUCUGAAAUGCUUCCAGUGUCUAAAGAGACUAGCAGCAGCCAGUUGACUGAGGAGUCCAAUGCCUCUGAAACGGAGAUGUUGCAAGAGUUGUCUCCGCCCCUAAGCAGCAGGAAGGAAGAAGGAAAGGCAGGCCGCUGGACGAGAAGGGCCAAAACAGUCAACAAAGUUUUUUUCAUUUUUUACAUCAUUACUGCCAGUCUGUUUUUAGUAUUUAUGUUUCACAGUUGGAAUGAACAAGCAGAGGAGGUCAAUCCAACAAAGACACCUUCUUCUGAUGAGUAGUGUUGGGCGGUUGUUUGAGUUAGAAUCACCAUUAAUGCGUCCUACAAUUAUAAAAACAAGAUAAUCAAGAUAAAAGAUUACUGUGCAGCAUGCACAUUUUGUCCAUAGGUUUUGUCCUGUGUGGUAAAUGGAGCGCAUUCUCAGUUGCUUCACAGCAAUGUGUGCUCUGCCCCUCUCCCCAAAAACAGCUCUCACUUUUAUGAAGGGGCACACUCACACUAGGCCCAGUUGUCCAGUACUGUGCUUAAGCAUGAUUGCCCCCCCCUCCCUCCUCAUUCAUCUGCUGGCCUGCACUCACACUGCUCCAGGACUAACCGAGCCUGAGCACAGUCGCCUCGUGUAGCCUGCAUAACGUUUUAAUACAAGACAUGCAUGGCUUUACGUAAUUAUGAAGCGUGCUUAGUUUACAAGACAAGCAGACUCGAAAAUAAAAAAAUA